AUGUAUUCUGCUGGUUCGGACGACGCAAGUUUCUGGAAUCAGUACAUCGCCAACCCGCUGCCCUCUCACAACAACGUCUCCGGCUCGGUCGAUGCCAUGUCCAUGGCAACCCCAAACGAAAGCCCGCUGUCAAAGCCCACCGAGGCCCCUCUCCCCACCGCUGACCAAGAUAACACUGGCCAGCCCCAGGAGAUCGAGGGCUCCCAUGACCUCCACCAGCCCGUCGAACCGUCCUGGCGAACAGCCAUGGCCACGGGUCCAAUGUCUUAUUCCGACCCGCAAUCCGUCGAGCCCCCGCAUUUUACCGCCAACUCGCACUAUCGCCCUUAUGCCACGCACUCUCCCUAUUCCCAGAUCCCGUCCUAUCCGCCCUCCUGCUAUACGACGCCCUACUCGCAGACGUACGGCCACCCGCAGUAUGUCAACCCCUCUGCCCUGGUUGGUGGUGCCGCUGCUCACCUUCCUGCCCGAUACCCCUCGCUCCCGGUUGCUCCUGCAGCCGAGGGCGGCAUGAUGUUCAUUCACGAUACGCAGGGCUCCAACCCCGCCUUCUUCCAGAGCCCUGUCGAGAUGAGCUCCCACCACCACUGCAAUGGCUGCCACCACCAUCCGUUCUCGCACCCUGCCCAUCCGCAGGGGCACCCUCCCCAUCCUCACUCCUCGCAUCUUCUCGCGACCGAUCCCCAUCAUAUGAAUCGGUCCUUCCAAGAGUCAAUGGCUCCGGGCCAGCCUGUGUCCAACGCACACCUCCGAUUCCGCUCUGCUCCCUACAAUCCUGCUACCACGCCAACGGAAGACUCUUACUUGUCCGACAACUCUGGAAACCGCCUCGAGUACAGCAAGGUCAUGCACAUUCCUGCCGAGGCCCCUGAUCGUCUGGAGUACCAGUCCGUGGUAAACUCGGCGGCACAGGCCUACAUCUACCCCAAGGAGGGCUCUCCACCCUCGGAGGAUCUCGCCCCGCAGCCGGUGUUAUCAAACCUCAAGGAUGACACUGCCAAGGGUCCCAAAAACAUGACCACACCGAUUCCGGUCGGCGCCCAACCCAUGCGGCCGAUUCUCAAGUCGUUGCCGGUAAAAAACUCGCUGCAGGGCCAGCCCCGUCACGAUUCGCUGCAGCUCAACCACCCAGCCAAGCACUUUGCUGCCAACAUGCCGUCGAGACCUCCCAAGCGCGAGGGCAUGCCGAUCUCGGUCACCCCGCCGAGCUCCAAGAUCCGCCGCGACAUGCACAAGAGUGCUGAGCCGAUCCCACGACCGAGUGCCAACGGGCACUCCCAGUCGCCGUCGAUCCUGCCCGAUUUGAGUGCCUUUGGCUCUCCCGACGAUUCGGGUCUGACCAAACCUCCCAAUAAGAUGUUCAAGAGGCACCAGGUUGCGCGCGCCUGCGAUCACUGCCGCAAGUCCAGACGAAAGUGCUGUGAGAACCUCCCAUGCACUCGCUGCGUCACCAAGGGGCUGAUCUGCACCAUAACCAGCCCACCGCCCAGCGUCCGCCGAUCCUCGCACCCCUCGCUACCUCAGCCGAUGCCGGCUAAUUCAACCCUCCCGCGGGUCUCUCCCGAGUCGACUCGGCCCUGA